GCAUAGAUAUUAUAUUAAACCUAGCUACUGAGUAUCGUUAAACUAAAGUAUUGUUUCACUGAAUAGAUCUAGACUAACAUUAAUUUGCUGAUCAACCAGUUGCAAAUAAUGAGCUACAGAAUUGCUAGAUCUACUUUGGCAUUGACAAUAAUCAUAAUCACAUUUGCUCCAUCUUGUGAUGCCCAAAUUACAGAUGAGAUCUUAUCAAGUGCUGGCAAAAAUCUCGUGGUCGGUUUCCUAAGAAAUGGUGAUCAAAGAGAAGACGAGUUGUUUUUGUUUAUCACAAACCCAGAGUCAAGUGCUGUUAAUUUCACAAUCACUCCAAUUAAUUUCAGUGGGAACGUUUCUAACUCUUCAACUACGGUAAUCAUUCCAUCCAGUUUUGAGGUAUCAUCUGUUAAUGAAAGAAACAAGGGGAUCCUUGUUGAAGCCGACGGGAACAUCAAUGUUUAUGGGAUGUCUUAUCAUCAAUACACUACAGAUGCCUAUUUAGCGUUACCAUGUUCUAAAAUGGCAGUUGAUGAAUACGAAUAUUAUGGAAUCUCUUAUCACACCAUUAAUAGUUACUUUCCUAGUGUGAUUUUGUUAGUGGCUUGUGAAAAUGAAACUGUUGUCAAAUUCGCUUCCUCGAUAAUAACAAUCAAUAGUAUGGAAACCUAUCAGAUUGAAAGUGAUAAUGAUCUCACAGGAACAAGAAUAACUAGCUCCAAACCCUUGUCUGUGUUUAGUGGAUCUGAUUGUGCUAAUGUUCCUCAAAAUAUACGCGAUUGUGACCACCUGGUUGAACAAGUGCCUCCGACUGUGACAUGGGGCUUGAAAUUCCUCGUAGCAUCUCUCGAGGGUAGAUCUUCUGGUGAACGUAUUCGUAUUCUUAGUGCCCGAGCAGCAAGUGUAGCUGUGAACUGUAACACUGUGGUAUCAGUCAGUGAAUUCCAGUUGCAGAGUGGAGGGAGUUUCAGAGAUUUUGAAAUUUCUAUUAACAGUUUCUGUAGCAUUGAAUCCACUUCUCCAGUACUGGUCGUACAGUAUGCAUAUGGUAUAGAUAGUGAUGGCUUGGGAGAGCCAUUCAUGAUGAUAAUCCCUCCAAUUGAGCAGUUUACAAAUAACUAUUUUGUCGAAGCUUUUUCUCUUUUCGUGUCAAACUAUGUCACGGUGUAUGUUUCUUCUGAGUUUUUUCAAACUGCACAAAUAUUAUUAGACGAUUCCAUUGUUACUGGCUGGAGGAAUGUUGUCUGUUCAAGUGGAGAGAUUUGUGGCCACAUAAGUAGAACAAGUGUGUCUACUGGAGCUCAUUCAAUCCACCAUCAAAACAGCUCAGCUGUUCUAGGUGUUUCAGUGUACGGAUUCUCUUCCACUUCUUAUGGUUACCCUGGAGGCAUGAGAUUAUCUCCGAUACAAUGCAACUGUGGUCAAAAUUCUAUUUGUUUGAAGAACAGGAAAAAGUUCAACUGUAGCUGCUUGAAUGGAUUUUUCGCUUCAUUUUCUGAAACAGAUGAAGUCGUGUGUAACGCUAUAACCUGUCCUCCCUUGACUGCUCCUACUAAUGGCUCUGUGACAUACAGUUCUACUUCUGAUGAAAACGGCAACUAUGCUUUCAAUGCCAUGGCUAACCACAGUUGUGACACUGGGUAUGUUGUGGUUGGUAACAACACAAGGACUUGCACUGGAGAUGGCAGCAGCACUACUGGUGUUUUUGAUGGAGAAGCAGCAAUUUGUAAACCUAUAACCUGUCCUCCCUUGACUGCUCCUACCAAUGGCUUUGUGACAUACAGUAGUUCUACUUCUGAUGAAAACGGCAACUAUGCUUUCAAUGCCAUGGCUAACCACAGUUGUGACACUGGGUUUGUUCUGGUUGGUAAUAACACAAGGACUUGCACUGGAGAUGGUAGCAGCACUACUGGUGUUUUUGAUGGAGAAGCAGCAAUUUGUGAACCUAUAACCUGUCGUCCCUUGACUGCUCCUACCAAUGGCUUUGUGACAUACAGUAGUUCUACUUCUGAUGAAAACGGCAACUAUGCUUUCAGUGCCAUGGCUACCUACAGUUGUGACACUGGGUUUUCUUUGGUUGGUAACAACACAAGAACUUGCACUGGAGACAGUAGCAGCACUACUGGUGUUUUUGAAGGAGAAGCAGCAAUUUGUGAACGUAAGCAACUCAUCUGUAAUGGUGAGGUUCAGUGUGAAGCUGAACAUGAUUCUGUAUGGGGGAUUGUCUUCCCUGCCACUGUGGCUGGCUUUUCCUAUUCUCAGCAAUGCGACCCACAAAAUGGAAAUGGAACAACUUCAGGUACAGCGACUCGUUUCUGUACACUAGGUGGUGUGUGGGAAGCAGUGAAUAUUGAUAACUGCACUAGGGAAGUAUUCAGCUUACUUAAUGACAGGGCAAGUGAACUAUUUUCUAGAAAUGCAUCUCAGAAUGAAGUUGACAACCUUCUUGCUGCUCUUGCGGAGGCUACUAGUGUAAAUGCAACUGGAGACUCCACUAUAUUCCCCCAAGACCUCAGCAUUACUAAUAUAAUCGUCAAGUCAAGUGUUAAUUACCUCGUUCGAAACGUUGAGACUGCUAGCCCCAUGUCUUCUCUCAAUUUUAGUGAAGAAGUUAUGAACAUUCUCAACAAUGUUCUGGAUGAGAGGAAUACAGAAGGAUGGGAAAGAUUACAAGAAGAUUCCGCUGCUGAGAGUCAGCAAUUGCUGUUGAGUGCUGAGUUAUAUGGUCAGUAUGUGUCAUUGGCACUAAGGAGUGAAGCUGUGGAUACAGGCAACGUGACGGAGAUCACACUUGAGAGACAGAACAUCGUACUAGCUGCUAUUGAAGUUGACACCACUAGUUUGGAUAACAUUACCUUUCCUGAAGUUAUCGAAGUCAGUGAAGAAAUAGGCUCAGCCCAAACUGUGAUACCAGCUGCUCUUCUUAUGGAGAGAGGCGCUCAAGAUGGGAACGUUACAGCAGUCAACAUUCUAUUUUCCAACUUGGAGGAUUUUCUUCCAAAAACCAAUCUUGAAAUGAACACGACCAGACCAGUGUCACAGGUUAUUUCUAGUCAAGUCUUCUCAAAUGUAAAGUUAACUAACUCUCAGGCACAGGCAACCUUCAGAUUCACCACCCAAAAGUUCUCUGCAGAUAAAGUUGCUGAAAAUGCAAGAUGUGUAUUUUGGAGUGUUUCUAGUGAUGCGGCCAACAGCAGGUGGUCCACGGAAGGUGUGAUUACAGUCAGUGUGGAUGAAGACAAGCAAAUGAGAGUGUAUGAUAUUGUCUGUGAGAGCAGUCAUUUCACAGCAUUUUCUGUUCUAAUGGAUGUCACUGGAGCACUGAAUGACACAACUCCAGAGAUCAGGUUUGCUCUAUCGGUGGUGACUUAUGUUGGUUGUUCCAUCUCUAUCUUCUUUCUUCUUUUGUCUAUCCUCUAUUUCUUGACAUUGAGAAAAGAGCUACUGACCAAGGUUCAUAACUUCAUCCAUCUCAACCUGUCUAUUUCUUUGCUCCUUGGUUACGUGGUGUUCCUGUCAGGAGUAGAGACAGCUGUGGCCAACAAGGGAGCGUGUGUGUUUGUGGCUGCUCUCCUUCAUUACCUGUUCACUACUGUGUUCUUUUGGAUGCUGUGUGAGGGAAUCAUGCUCUAUCUCAUGUUGGUGCUUGUCUUCAACCGAAUAUCUAAAAAAUGGUGGAUAUUCUUUAUUAUUGGAUGGGGUGUUCCAGUGAUACCAGUGGCUAUAUCUGCUGGACUGAUUCAUGACCAGUAUGGCACAGAAGAGUAUUGUUGGAUUGCUGUUGGUGCUGGUGAUAAAGGAGCGAUAUGGGCAUUUGUUGUACCAAUGCUACUAGUUGUUCUGGUGAAUGUGUUCUUCCUCUCGGCUGCUUUGCGCAGUGUCUAUAAUCUGAGAAAAUCAACCGUGCAACAAACUGGGAAAGAGGAAUCUUUACAGUUAUUCUCACAACUCUUCAAGGCCACCGUAAUUCUCCUUCCAAUACUCGGGCUGACUUGGGUGUUUGGUCUACUCUCAGUCAACAGCAGCACUAUUGUGUUUGCAUGGUUGUUCUCUAUCUUUAACUCACUGCAAGGCCUGUUUGUAUUCAUCUUCCAUGUGCUCAGGAGUGAAAAAGUCACAAACUUCCUAAAGCAGUGCAGAAAGAGAAUUAUGAAUAGCGUUGUAUCAACUUCUGCCUCAGGAAAAAACAAUCUGAGCAAGAAUCCGACGAGUGGUGUUCAGCUCAAGCCAAGUCACUCAAGAUUCAGCAAACAUAAUCAUAGUACCAUGAAAGAUGAAGCCAUUAAAGUCGAUGAGACUGCUGCAUCUGAAUUCGUCUCAGAGAAGUCGUACAUUGCUGAAUUGCUUGAAAAUGACAAUUAAAUGGCACGAAAAUAAAGAUUUUCACGCUCACAGGAAAGCUUUGAAACACAGCUACUAAUUAACACAGUUUCUUUUUUUCACCUAGUGCCGCUGAAUUAUAUAGUGCGAAGUUUUAUUUGAAGUCCAUACUAUUUGUUGUCAGUAUACACAUGAUUAUAGUUAAGACCUAUAAUAUUAUAUCUGUAAUGUUUAGUCACCUUUUUAACACACAUAAAU